GGCAUAUCACUAAUUUGCUUCUUCAGCAGAGCAGUGCAAUUUACCAAUUAUAUUUUUGGUUAUUAAUUAUAACUGAAUAAACAAAAUGCAGUUUAUUGUCCUUGCCUUUACCCUGCUGCUCGCAGGUAUCAGUGCUCUACCCCAGAAUGAACUUGAACUCGAUGGAGGCCAGGCGUUCAUCACCGUCACGAACAGGAUCCAGCGAGCCGUGAACAACAUGAACCAGCGCUUGAGGGAGAACGGGUACGACCCGCUGGUCACGGAAUACAGAUCCACCGGCAUUGACACGCCCUUCCUCAGCGCCUACGCGCACUUGGAGGACCUGGAGUGCACGGGGCUCUCCCACAACAAGUUCGACCGGCUCAGCUUCAACUCGGUCAGCAUGCGGCUUAACUUCAACCUAGUGUGGCCAAGUAUCGCCUGUGUCGUCAAAUCACAGGGUGCUAAAGCAGCCGUCCUUGGUCGCGAAUUCGAAGCUUCAAACUCUGGAAUCCUGCAGGCGACUAACACGCGCAUCGAAGGCAGCGUGCGUGUCCGCCCGAGACCCAUCAGCGGCGUCAGCAUAAUCGACUGCUCCUUACUCUUGAGCACAAACAUCGAGUCCGAACUGAAAGUGGUGUGGCAUGGACGUGACAUCUCCCACGAGGUGAACGGAGUGGUGGAAGCCUUCAACCAGCAAAUCCACGACAAUAAGGAGGCGUUUGGCAUCCAAUUGUGUAAUCUGCUGGAGCAGGCGAUGUAAAUCUGCGGCACCAGGGGGCUACCUCAGUUCUACUUUCACAUUGUCCAUGUGAACACAUUUAAGUUUAAAUUUAUGUAAAUAAAGCCUUUUUGUUACAUAUUCAACCUAUGACUCUUGUAAGUGUCUAUGACACGGCCAUGACUUUGACAUUUAUAUUUACGCACCAAAUGUCAGAGGCUUUAUUCAAUGAAUAAUGUUUUAUUUGUAAAUCGUUUAAAAGAUACUGGAAUAUUAGCUUAAAUGUUGUUUCUCUUUCAGGUGAGCAUUUUCAUUGUUAUAAUUUCAACAUGUAUUAGAGUAUAAUUUGUUUGUACUUAAUAAAACAUUCUCUUUCAGAACAACAA